ACCAGAGGCCGUGAAAGCAAAAUAUAGGAAUGAGGAAACCAAGUACUAUGCUGUUGGUAAGUCACUCAUACUCAAGAUGACUGAACUCCGUCAUCGCACCUCACUCUCUCUUAUCAUUGACUGAGGCUCGCGCGACUAGCUCUCUCUAACACAUUCAUCAUGGACUUGUGUUCGGACGGAUCUGUAGUUGCUGGAGCUCUGGCUCACCCCACAUUCAUCGAUGAAAGCCACUUUGAGAAACUUGACGAUCACUGCAAAACCUCUUCUUCUCUCAUGCGCAGAGGAAGACCACUUAUUCCUCUCGCCUCUCGUAGACGAGCAGAAGACAUUUUGGUCGCCCGUAAAUGCACGUAUUAUUUCCAGGUGUUUUCGAGCGUCAAGCAUAAGUUUUCUGUACGAGGCGGUCCAGGCGCCAAGAUGGAGCGCUGGGCAAAGGAGGAAAGUGCUAGGGGGGUCGUGGGCUCGUUUGAUCGGUUUACGGUCUAGGUUUGUUAUGUCGGGUGAAGUGAGAUUAAGCGGUCACAAUAGGGAGAACUAUCACAAGAGCGCACAAUGUAAAGUAGACUCUGG